AUGAUUCGUGCGGGGUCUAGCGUAGUCUUAUCUACGCUACGACGUCCCUGUAUAGAGCCUGUGCAGUGGUUGUCGAGAAGCUCGUAUGCGACUCAUCCACCUGCCUCUUCCAGGGCCCAACGUGAACCUGAGCACCGCGUGCAGUACAACUACGAUGUGUUUGAGCUGCAUCCUGAGCAGGAGCACUACACCCUGCCGCUUGUCACAGCAAGUGAUCUAGCGAAGAACAAGACACGGCCACGGUCCGUCCGGAUGCUUGCUCGUGAUUUCAUUCACGACAGUCUGUAUCAUCCUCACUAUGGCUAUUUCAGUCGUCAAGCCGUCCUUUUACCGCCCACGAAGAGCACGACCAAGUCCCAGGACGCCCCAUCCACGUCGUCUGCCGUGUUUCCUUUCCACGAUAUCAAGAACGAGACGGAGUUCAUGCGUCUUGUCCAAUUGCGGUACAUGGAGUUUGAGAACCAAUUCCAGGAGGCUAAUAAGGCACGCGAGCGUGCACGACGAAAGCAACAAUCGGAGCCGACACUGCAAGAGCGAAUCGAAGCUUUGCAACUACAACAGCGGCGUGCCUCCUGGGGCACAGCGGCAUACAUGGACCUCGCUCGGGAAAUUGGGCGCCUGCAAAAAGAGCAAAGUCAAGACCAAGUCUCCGAUGCCGAAGUGGAUGCGAUGGCUGCCGGGCAGGUAUGGCACACUCCCACGCAGCUUUUUAGUCCGUACUAUGGCCGAGCUCUCGCACGAUACCUCGUGGCCGAGUAUAAACUGCAUCUGUUCCCUUACCACGACCUCAUUCUCUAUGAAUUGGGUGGUGGUGCAGGAACACUAGCACGCGAUAUACUCGACUACAUCGAAGAAUGCGAACCGGAUGUGUACGCACGUACACGCUAUCACAUCGUUGAAAUUAGUGCACGACUUGCCGCACAGCAGCGUGAGCGCCUUGCCACGCACGCGCAGCAUGGCGUUGUGCACGUGGUGCAUCGCGACUUUUUGCAGUGGAAAGAGCGUGUGAAUGAUCCCUGCUUUGUCAUUGCGUUGGAAGUGCUGGACAAUCUAACGCACGAUGUGGUUCGCUACUCUACGGACGAUUUGCAGCCAUACCAGGGCCUGGUAUCCAUUGACCACACAGGCGACUUUGUCGAGUUGUGGGAGCCCGUCAAGGACCCCCUUAUUCUUUCGUACCUACAGAUGUUGCGCCACGUGCGUCCUACAGUGCUUCCGCCUGGUGCGCCUUUCUACCUGGGCUGGAUUCCACAGUCUGUGCGCCGCUAUCUCCAUGACAAUGCGCCUUUUUACCCGAACUUGACGCAGCCCCAUUAUAUCCCCACUGGCGCCUUGCAAAUGCUGGAGGUGCUGCGCAAGCACUUCCCGCUGCACCGACUUGUUCUCUCGGACUUUUCGUCCUUGCCGGAUGCAUGUGCCGGAGUGAAUGCGCCUGUGGUGCAAACAAGGCACAACGGCGCGAUGAUUCCCGUGACGACCUACUGUGUUCUACAAGGCUUCUUCGACAUUUUCUUCCCUACAGACUUUGAGCUGCUGCGCGAUAUGUACCUGCACUAUAUGAGCACACCUACGCCUCCUCCCAUGUCUGCGCUAAACGCAGGCAUUGACGAAGGCAAUAUCGAUGUGAGCCAGGAGCACCGCGCGCAAUUUCCACCCUCCUUCUUCUCCCCCUCUGAUCUACCAGAGCGCCCGUCAUUGUACGAGAACUUUUCCUCGCCAAUGCCACGCUUUUUCGCGUCGUCGGACAUUAUUCCUCCUCCGCUGCUCUCGGACUCACGUGAAGCACGAAUCAUGUCGCAUGCGGAAUUCCUUACACGGUACGCUGAAGCCCAAGGCACAGAGCUACGUGAUGGCUCGAAUCCCAUGAUUGCAUGGUAUGCCAAUGCAUGCUGGCUUCUUACAUAG